AUGGGCAAAACUCAAAUUAAUACUAAAUCAAGAGAGUAUAUCGGCGAUAGAGAUACAUUUCUUAAAGAACUGAAACAAUUUAAUGAGAGUAAAAACGUACCAUAUAAAGUGCCGGUGGUCAAUGGCGUGGAAAUUGACUUGUAUCUACUUUAUUCUUUAGUGCAACAGAAAGGAGGUUUAAGCAAAGUAAACCAAACAGACACCUGGGAAGCAUUUUUGAGACCAUUGAAACUGCCUUAUCCUUGUGUUAAUGGAUCCACACUAUUGCGGAGAAUUUAUGGCAUGUAUUUGGAGAAGUAUGAAAGAGCUAAAGGCCCCCCAGGUAGAGAUGAUGACAAUGAUCUGGAUGAGGACCCUCGACGAGGCCGUGGCAGUGGGAUGCCAAGAAUAAGUUUUGGUAGUGGUACUUAUAUUUCAGCAUCUGGGGAGCAGUUGAAAACAAACACUCCUAAGUUUGCUGGACCAUCAGAAAGGCUGACUCUGUCGUUGCUGUCGCCAAUGCCCAAUGAACAGGAUUUUGCGAUAAAUGUCUGCACUGUGCUGGCAGCAGACCAUUCAAAUAGAUUACCUCUUAAUACCACUUCCCAUAUCUUGGACUUCUUGCUGGCUCAUGCUGGUGUUUAUAAUCAUUCGAGCCUCAGGGAUACGAUUGGCCGAUCCUAUUAUGAGGCUCGGGGUACAUAUCCCCAUGAGUUCUGGCAAAUGAGAGCAGGUGGAGGUGGUGCUAAAGAGCUAGCCGAUGAAACUAAAUUCAUGCAACCUGGAAUAGAACAGCCUGAGCUCAUGGUUCAAGCAUUAGCUGCACACAAUACAUUGACCGAUUGUCUGAUGAAUGGUGGUGAUGGUGAUGAGGUGCUGGAUAAGAUUGUUGAGGAUCUACAUCAACAGGAGAUAGAAGAUUGGGUGACAGAGCCUACUGAGGAAGAUCAGCUUUUCGCUCCAGAGUUACCAGGCGGCGCUAACUGUGUGUACACACAACGUGUCCUGCAAAUCUCUUCAAUUGUACGAUCACUGUCAUUUCAUGAGGAUAAUGUGCAAUACUUAGCUAAGAAUACUACUCUCAUACGAUUUUUACUACUGUGUGCCAAUUGCUGGGUUGGGACACUUAGACAAAGCGGUUUGGACACAUUAGGAAACAUCUCUACAGAGCUAAUAAUAAAGGACCCCGCAACUUGUUUGAUAUCGAGACAUGUUCUCUCGACAAUACAAACAGCGCUUACGUCACCGGAUCGUGCUAGGAUCUUAGCAGCACUGGAAUUGUUAAAUAAGCUCGCACAAAACGAGGCAAAUGAAGAUGCUCUGCUUAAGGCUCUUGAAUCUAAAGUGUAUAGCGAUGUGUGUGCGUUACUAACACUGCGCGAUAUAAUGGUGUUGGUGUGUACUUUAGAGUGUGUGUAUGCCUUGACGUCACUUGGGGAGGCAGCUAGCGAGGCGGUUGCGCGAGUCACUGGCCUCGUACACACUCUUGUGUCCCUUGUUACUGUUGAGGCUCAAAGUUAUGGACCGCGAGCGUGUAUAUUAAUGCGAGUAGUGGAAACAGUGAGUGGGCCAGCCGCGUUGGCUGAAAGAGAUGGUGAUAAGCAACAACAACAAACACAACAGCAGCAACCACCACCCAAACUUCAAGAUACUAACCAGUCGGCGGUGUCGACAUCUGCGCACGCGCACAUUAUUGUUUCUAAUACAGCCGCACCAAACAUCACGCCUACAAAUGCUCUGACGUCUAUACAAGUGUCGCAUUUGCAUCAAAGGACUGUACAAGAAAACGAACACUUUGCUCAAGCAUGGCUCCGUUCCUCGUACGAACCGUUACCGGCUAACGAUAACAGCACUUGCGACGCUGCAGAGAUGUACCGCAAUUACAUGACGUGCUGCACAAAGAUGGGCCGCAAGGGGAUAAUUGCGCCGGCGCACUUCCCGAGAUUAGUUAGGACUGUAUUUGGCGGUACAGUGGGUCCUAACACGGUGACGACAGCAAACGGUGAGAUGCAGCAGCUUUACAUCGGGAUCCGAGCGAAAAAUGCACCAGCAAAAGUAACUACACCAGCUGGACCGUCGUCGCCAAUACUGAAAGCUCAGCUAACGAAUAAAACUGCUGAAGUCAAACCUGCUGUAACUCAGGCAUCGACUCAACCCGUCUCGCAUCCCCAUUUAUCGCAAGCUCUAGAAUCGACCUCCAACACGUCUACAUCACUCAUAAAACAUCUCCUCGCCCAUAAAGUAAGCCCCGGCAUACAAGCGCAAGUUACACAAAGACAAAACCAGCAGAGAACUCCAACUGGCGCAGUGGUUAUCCAGACAAACACGAAUACGGGUAUGGAAGUCGAUCCGGAGACGUUAAUUAAAUGCACCACGAUAACACCCGGUGGAGUUGCCAGUAAUACUCCAUUAAUAACUGGGGAAAAGAUUAACGUGAGUGAAGAAGUGGGUCACAAGGAAACACCAGUACAGAUACAAAUUGAUGAACAGGCACAGUUGACUAUAAAGACAGCGCAAAACAAAAUGCUAGCCGAUCUGCUAGAGAAGAAAUCUAACCCGCCAGUUCAAGUCGUACAAAUGAAUCAACAGUUAAACGCGCCGACGAUACAAAUAACCGAAACGGGUCAAAUCGUACAAGUGAAACCCGAAAAUAACACAGUCGUACAGAUCAACAGCGAAACAGCUCAACCCGCCCCAUAUCUACAGAUUAAAAAUGAUCAAGGUCAAUUGAUACAGAUUAAAAACGACUCGGGCCAAAUCAUACAGCUGAAGGGCGAUCAGGGCGUCAUUCAGUUCAAGAACGAACAAGGGCAAAUCGUACAGUUUAAAAAUGAACAACAGAUUAUACAAAGCGUGAUACAGACUUUGAAGAAUGAUAAGGAGGCUGCAGAUGCCGUUGUUACUGACCACUCCUACACGGAACCACCGUCCAAGAAGCCAAAAGUGGAUGAGAAAGCUGAGACCGUUGCGCCACAAGAAAGUGUAUCAAAAACUGCUGCUAAUUUAUAUGCAGCUUUGGCUGCUUCGGCACUCGAAGAUGAAGAUGAUUUGCGGCCCCGAGGAAUUCUAGUCAGUGGACCAUUGGCUCCUAAGCUACCAGUCAAACAAGAUGGCGACACUGUACAACAAAUACAACAACCGGUUCUAGUUCCUUCUACAGAGAGUUCAGUCAUUAUACAGGAGCCAAUAUUACAGGUUCAACAACCAUCUAUGCAGGUUCAACAACCAUCUAUGCAGGUUCAGCAACCAACGAUACAAAUGCAGCAACCGAUGUUACAAGUUCAGCCAGUGGAUGUUCAGAACAUCAUUGCGUCGCAAGCGGGUCAAAUCAUACUUCAAGAGAAAACAGUGGCAUCGCAACCGCAGUUUGUCCAACAGCCGAUGCAGAUAAUAACAACACCGAACACAUCGCAAGGAAGUCUAGGCUAUAUAACGUCAAACAUCCCUGGGAAUAUGAUGCAAAAAACUAUUAUAAUAGUCCAGGGAGCGGGUGGAGGUCCUUUGACAUUAACGGUGAACAACCCGAGCGGUUUGGACGAGGCGACCCUAAACACCCUCAUAGCUCAGGCCACAGAGGCUAUAGCCCAACAACAGAUUAUCCAGAACGCUCCUCAAAUCACACCAAGCCAGCAACCGAUUAUAACGACCCAACCUCAACCUCAUAAAGCACAGAUUAUAAAUCAACCGCAAACACAGCAGAUAGUAGUAACGCAAAAACAGCCUCCGGCGCUGAUAAACACGUCGACUGGCAACCCUAUAGUGGCCAGCCAACAGAUAAUCCAGGGAAACCAGCAAUUGCUUCAAGGAAACCAACAGAUUAUCGCGGUUUCGAACAAUCAGCAAAUUAUAAUGAACGCGCCGUUGAAACAGAACGUGCAUAGGGUUGUCCAACCGCAGAGAAGCCAAAUGACAACUGCAACGAGCAGCACGGCUCCAGUACAGAUCGAGAGUAAAAGUGUAGUUCAGAGUCCCGCCAAACCGCAACAGCCCUUAAUGCGUCAAGUAAUUACGAGACAACCAGUCAUGGUGGGCAACACGAAAAUCGGAGAAAAAGAAACCGUCGUUACGCAACCGAUUACCGAGACGAAGCCGCCGCCGAAGCCAGCGGCAACUCCACCACCGCCUUUGACACCAGCCACGCCUAUCCCACAGAAUCCACAAGAUGAUACACCAUGGGUAUGCCAUUGGAAAGGGUGUGGCAAGUUGUUCAGUAGUGCAUCGUGCGUGUUCUCACAUGCGGCACGCACUCAUUGCCCCGGUGGCGCCGGGGGCGAAGCUCCCUGUAUGUGGAUCGACUGCGAUCGUGUACCUCGAAAGACGUUCGCUUUACUCAACCACCUUAAUGAUAAGCAUUGUACGCAGCAGGCAUUAAAGGCGAUAUACAAUUCCCGCCGGCACGCGGCUGCCGAACCGGAAGCGAACAAGCCGACGUCCGUCGCGUAUCCGCCGAACGCUGCGCUUGCUGCUCUAAAUAAACACGCCACGGAUCUGUUUAACCCCAGAGAACUCAUGGAUGAGAACGAAGGGCCUGUUACGAAGAGUAUUCGACUCACAGCUGCUCUCAUUUUGAGGAAUAUCGUUAUCUACUCGAAUACAGGGAGACGAAUAUUGCGACAGUACGAGGCUCAUCUUGCGUCCAUAGCUUUAAGCAACGUGGAAGCGUCGCGAACAAUCUGCCAGGUUCUUUACGAUAUGAACAAUAUAUGA